CAGGUCCUCAGGGGUCCUCACUGCCCUGAGCCUCCGCCUGAUCCCAAAUCACCGGAGAACAUCUCGACUUUCACCGGAGAAUCACCGGAGAACCUCUCAGCGGAACCUCCGGUCGAGGCAGCUGGAGGAAUGAUGGGCGGCAGGUCGAGUGCGUUAGCUGCGGGGCUGUGCGGGGCUCUGCUCGUCGGCUACUGCGUCUACUUCGACCGGAAGAGACGGAGCGACCCGCAGUUCAGGAGCCGGCUGCGGGAGCGCAGGAGGAAGCAGCAGGCAGCGAAGGAGAGGGACGGUCAGGCCAAGCUCCCGGACCUGAAGGACGCUGAGGCGGUGCAGAAGUUCUUCCUGGAGGAGAUCCAGCUGGGGGAGGAGCUGCUGGCUCAGGGAGACUAUGAGAAAGGUGUGGACCACCUGACCAACGCCAUCGCCGUGUGUGGCCAGCCUCAGCAACUGCUGCAGGUCCUGCAGCAGACUCUGCCGCCGCCCGUCUUCCAGAUGCUGCUCACCAAACUGCCCAGCAUCAGCCAGCGUAUCGUGAGCGCACAGAGUCUGAGUGAGGAUGAUAUAGAAUGAGGAGAAGGCUGAGAGGAAAACGACCCCCCCGCCCAACCAUCACAGACCUCCUCGUUACAAGAUGACCCCCCCCCCCCAUGGCGUCCUGAAGGAACUUGUCACAGUUUUGCUUAGGUUUUUUUUUUUUAACAGAAAUUACCGUUUUGGGUAAAGUCAGAACUUUUAACAGGCUCCAACAUUAAUGAUCAGGUUCUGACUCACUGGCCCGGGUCUGUUUCAAUCAGCUGCUGACGGCCUCGUCCACCAGGGGGCGCUGUCAAACCUCUUCAUGAUGUCUCCCAAUCACAUGGUCUCCUCUGCUUCUCAGUAUUUAUUGUUCUGUUCUCAUCUGUCUGAUGCAAACACUUUUUACAAAGUGAUGAAAUGUUUUGUUUGUGUUGGACGAUGAACCUCUUUAGAGAAAUAAAUAAAAAGCUGAACAGUGAA